AUCAUUACUAUCAUUAUAUCGUUCUCGGGACUUUUUUAUCAAUAUAACAGGACCAUAAAAAGUAAAAUGUGCAAGCUACACACCACAUCUCUUAUUUGAUUUUUAAAACCUUAUUUUUCGUAAGCAUUUAUUUAAAAGUACCAUUGUUAUGGAAAUAACUCGUUCUAAUCCCUCCUUGGAGCUCCAGGAAACAUUUAUAAAAGCAGCAAAUAUAUCCACAUGCAAGAGUCAGAUAUGCUACACUCAUCGAGGAAACUCGAAACCCACGUUGGUUUAGUAUAAGGAAACUCUGUCGACAAUCAGGAGUUGUUUUUCUUUAGUUGGAGCCACAUCGGAGAAGCUUGUUUUUUUCCUUUGAAUCAAAGUUUCAUGAUGUUACGCAACAUUUUUUCUGUGGCAUUGAUUGUGCUUGCGUUACUUUCAUGGAAUACAAUAGAUACAUGUCAAGCUUUAAAAUUAUCAAGUGUGCUCACUGCUAGUCAAGGAUAUACUAGCUCACGUCAAUGGCCUAAUGCUGUCCCAGGUGCCGACAGUUUUAUAAAGCCAAACAAAGAAAAAGCUGACCAGACAAUAAACUUAGAAAGUGAAGAAUCUACGAAAAAUUAUACUACAUCUGCACCUUUAAACAAAACAUCAGCUCAUCCUGAGUCAGAGUACAUGUACGGCUCAUCAGUCUGGGAUAUAACACUAUGGCACGAUUCACAAGCAAAUUGUUGUCAUCUAAUUGGCUGUCCACUGGAUAAGGAUACAUACCAUUAUAAAAAUACAAAUACUUUUGACAGAAUCUCGUGUCAUUGCAAAAGUGGGAUCUGUCAUGGAGGAUUUUCGUACAAUUAUUGGGUUCUGCAUCCAGAUUUUUAAGAUUUAUUUUAUCCAAAAAACAUCAUUUCUCGGGAACAUGUGAUUAAUAGUAAAAAUUUAAUAUAGUAUUUUAUGCUUUUUAUGUAUUAAAAAGUGGUUUAAUUCAUGCAAAACAUUACGUCUUGUACGUGAGGCAUGGCCAAUCCACGGAUUGGCAGAUCAGAAAGUGUAAUUUUAACUACACUUAACAUAAUUAUUUUAUUCAUAACCUCAAUUAAUAAACAAUGUUGGUAUCUGUA